GAGCACUGGGGGCAGCACGGCACGGCCGGACAGCCCUGGGGACAAACGUGUGCCCAGCACCUGGCUGUGCUGCGAGCACUGCCCUGGGACAGGGACAGGGUCACACACAUCUUUAUGGACCACAUUCCUGCUGAUCCCUGCAAGGACCACACCGCGGGGGCAGGCACAGGGUCCUCACUCCACACACACCUUUAGGGACGACAUCCCUGCCAGAACCUCCUCAGACCACCGGGGACAGGUACGGUGGCCACUCACCACAUCCCUGCCAGGACAGUAUCCCGUGGGACACGCACCGGGUCCGCACCCCUCCACACACCUCUACGGACCCCCCGCCCCGGGGCCCUUCGUCCGCGCCCGUGCGGACCCCCCGAGCUCCGGCGCUGCCUGGGCCGGGCGCUUCGUGCUGCGGGCGCUCCGCGGGUCGGGCUGCCCGGGCGGGCGGGCGGCGGUGCCGGGAUGCCGGCGGAGCGGCGCGGCGCGGGUCCCGGUGAUGUCAGGAGCGGUCCGGCAGCGGUGGGCGGUCCUUCCCCGGCUCCCGGCUCGGCUCGGCGCCCGCCCCUGCUCCGCGCCCGGCUCGGCGCCGCUCCGCUCCGCCCCCGGCUCGGCGAGGAGCGCGGGCAGCCCCCGCGGCCCCGCUGCAGUCCCGCUCCGGCAUGCCCCUCGCCGGAGCAGCGCCGGGACCCCGCCGCCUCCAGCCGCGCUCCGCCGGGCUCCGCCGCUCGCUGCGCGCCGGCAUGAAGCGCCCGGCGCCGGGCAGCCGCCGCUGAGGAGCCAGCGCGGCGGCAGCUGCGGGACCCCCUGCCCGCGCCCCCCCGCCCCCCGCCCCGCUCCAUGGGGCAGCGCUGCGGCCGCUGA